AUGGGUAAUGAUCAGCUUACGAAAACAACUUUAACUGAACUUACAGAAAAACAGAUAAAUAUGCUUAAAACAGUUACCAAAUAUACUGAAAACGAAAUUCGACAAUGGCAUGAGGGUUUCAUUCGUGAUUGUCCAAAUGGUCGAUUGGAUAAAAAACGAUUUAUUCAAGAUUAUCAGAAAUUUCAUCCCGAGGGAAAAGUAGAUAACUAUUGCAAAUAUGCAUUUAAUACAUUCGAUACCAAUAAUGAUGGUACAAUUGAUUUUCAAGAAUUUUUGCUAGCCAUUGCAGCUUCAGUUCAAGGCUCUAUUGAUGAUCGUCUUGGCUUUGCUUUUGAUGUUUAUGAUAUCUCACAUGAUCGAGUAAUCGAUCAAAAAGAACUGACUGCAAUAAUCGUAGCUAUAUAUGAUCUCCUUGGUGAAACGGAUCGUAAAGGUGAUCAUGAUCCGAAAAAGGUUGCUGCAGAUAUUAUAGCACAACUUGAUGUUAAUGGUGACAAGAAAUUGAAUAAGGCUGAAUUCAUUACUGGAUGUAAACACAAUGAGUCUGUUGCUCGGUUACUGGCUCCUAGUAUUUAA